UGUUUUAAAUACAGAGCAAGCUUAGUUGGGAGAAGAGCAUCUCCUUCUUGAAUGCACCAGUGACUUCCAUUAGCCAGACGGUGACAACCACAGCGUCUUUUUUACUUGAAGAGGUCUUCGAAAAUACAGAAUUACAGGAAUGGACAGUCAAAGCAGAGCUGUGUUUGCAGUCAUCACAGUGAUGGCGUACAUGGGGAUGGGAGCUGAGGCACAGAACACAGCAGGCUCAGGAAUCAUCUCAAGGGCAAAUUGUGGAAUCACAAAGUUCUGCGCUUCUCAGCCAGAAGGCUGUGACCCAUCUGUGUCUGGAUCCUGUUUCUUCGUCUCAGCCAGUUUAAACUCGGGACAGAACUUUUCAUUCCAGCUUCAAGGACAAUCCAACUUCUACGUCGCUCUAGUGUUGUCCACAACCUUUAUAAUGUUUCCUGCAAACUUAACAAUGGGACAAAUUGACUUCUAUGCGUGUUAUAACAUCAACUACAUCAGCAACAUCAGCAACAUAAUUUCCACACUUGGAAUAACGAUUCCUAACGUGCUGCCCUCUAACCUGGUGAUGGGCUCAGUCAGUGGUCAGACCAUCCAGUGCAUCUUCUCUGCUAUAGUCCCCAAUGCUACUUCCACCAAGAGCAGCAGUACCUCCUUUUUCAUUUCCAUCUACAACGGGACCGUGAUUAAUGGAGUCCCAGGUAUUCCUAAGCUUGUCUAUGUGAGUACUGCAGCCGUGGACCUGUCCAACCCCACCGCCACUGCAACCAACAGUGGUCUACAGCGCACCCUGUCUCAAGCUCUGCUGAUCCUGCUUGGUGGACUAGUUUUCAUCAUGCUGUAAUGUGGAUCUAAGUAGUAAACCACUUCACAUUCAGGAAUCCUGGACCUCUAUGGUUCCUGAAGCCAACCAGGCUGGGUUCCCAAGAAUGAAACUCCUUCUGAGCAGGGGUAGUAAGACAUUAGCCUACAGAAUUAAUCCAGUAAUAUAAGUUUAAUGUUGUGUUUAUAAGCAAGGGCUUUUCAGGUACAUUUAGCAUUGUUCAACCUCAUUACCUCCAGGAUUACAUAUACACGUGUUACAUUUUGUGACCACAAAACAUAAAAGCCUAGAUUAUAUUUAUGUUGUGUUGAGAAAAUGAAUGAGGUAUACACCUAAAACAUCCA